AUGAUACGAGGAACGGUGGUGGUGGCCAGCGUCUGCUUGGCCGGCGUGUCGGGUCAGUGUCCGCGCAUCGUGACCCGUGCCCAGUGGGGAGCUCGGGCGGCCAACACGGCCCAACUUCCGAUCCGUCCGGCCCCGUGGGUCGUGAUGCACCAUACGGCCGGAGCCCACUGCACGACGGAUGCGGCCUGCGCCACGCAGAUGCGCAACAUCCAAAACUUCCACAUGAACAGCAACGGGUGGGCCGACAUUGGCUACAACUUCCUGGUCGGUGAGAACGGCGCGGCGUACGAGGGCCGCGGCUGGGGACGCCAGGGAGCCCACGCUCCCGGAUACAACGAUCGUUCGGUCGGCAUGGGCGUGAUGGGCACCUUCACCAACGGAAUCCCGAACGCGGGCCGCAACGCCGCCCAGCAGCUCAUCAGCUGCGGAGUUUCGCUCGGACACAUCGCCUCCAACUACUGGCUCAUCGGGCACCGACAGGCCGUGGCCACCGCUUGCCCCGGCAAUGCCUUCUUCAACGAGAUCCGCAACUGGGCGCGCUUCAACCCGAACGUCUGA